UGUAGCUCACUUGACCCGCAUUACUCUUACAAAAAGCUACGACUGACUCGGUCUACAAAAAUCUCGCGUAAUAAAUUUCCUUAAUUCAAAAAUUCCUUAAAUUUCAAUCUCCCCCAAAAUGGCCACUGUCGCCACGCUCACCACCCUGUUAACGGCCAUACCACCGGAAUCCUCCGACACUGCGUCCGUUCUUCGACUACGCCUCACCGAUCGGGCCAACGAGCUUCACCGCAACCGAGAACAAUUGGGCCAGCACGGAAUCCAACCGACGUGGUCGCAGUCUUUGUACAAUUUAAUCCCCACUGCGCCAUGGGCGGAAGAGAUCGAGCUUGGUACGGAAUUAGAAGGUCCCGCGACGGAAGAGGAGACAGAGAGAAAUAUGAAAAAACUACGGGCACGAUUUGAAAAGAUGCGUGAAGCUUUGAAUGCUCAUGAGACCAGUGCGAUAAGGGAAAUGCGCCAUUUAUCUAGAGUCCAACAGGAGGAAGUUCUCACCUUCUGGGAGCUAGCAUCCAGCUUGUUUAUGGACGUGUUGACCUGGCUGCAAACCGCGUUUCUGGAGGUUCUCGCGAAAAUCAAGCAGGGUUGCAGAAUCGUGAAGAGGGUGCUGGUCGACAUUUUUAAAACGGUGAGGGACUUACUGAAGAAAGUUUUUCUUUGAAAUUGUCAACCAUUUAUUUUGAAUCAUAAAUAAAGUUUGUCAUUUUUACAUGUGAA